AUGCCUGCAUCUGAAGCCAGCGACGAAUUCCCCGAUGAUGAUUUCAUCGUCGAUGUCGAUUGCAUCCAAGCCCAUGGAAUUGGUGCUGCCGAUAUCACAAAGCUCAAGGCGAAUGGAUACUUUACUAUUGCCUCAAUCCACGGGGCGACGCGGAAGACUUUGCUGAGGAUCAAAGGUUUCAGCGAGAUCAAGGUAGAGAAAGUCAAGGAGGCCAUCAACAAAUGUUUGCCUUCGGCCUCGGGUUUCAUUACAGCAAUGGAACUCAGCCAUCAACGGAAGAGGGUUGUUCAUAUCUCAACAGGUAGCAAGCAGUUUGAUUCGAUUCUGGGAGGUGGGUUUCAGAGCAUGAGCAUCAGCGAGGUAUUUGGCGAAUUCCGCUGCGGCAAGACCCAGCUCUCCCACACCAUGUCCGUUGUCGCACAGCUUCCUAAGGAGAUGGGAGGUGCGGAAGGCAAAGUUGCCUACAUUGACACUGAGGGCACUUUUCGUCCGGACCGCAUCGGGCAGAUUGCAGAACGCUUUGGACUUGACCCCGAUUCCACCAAGGAGAACAUUGCUUAUGCUCGUGCUUUAAACAGCGAGCACCAACUCGAAUUGCUCAACACCCUCAGUAAAGAAUUUGUUGGAGGAGAGUACAGACUGUUGAUCAUAGACAGCAUCAUGAACUGCUUCAGGGUCGACUAUUGUGGGCGAGGAGAGCUGGCGGACCGUCAGCAGAAGCUUAACCAGUUCUUGAUGAAACUCGCUCAUAUGGCUGAAGAGUUUAAUAUCUGUGUCCUAAUGAUCGAGGUUCAUAUUGCUGUCCAGACAAACCAAGUGCAGAGUGACCCUGGUGCAAGUGCUCUUUUCGCUGGAGCUGAUGGCCGCAAGCCUGUUGGUGGACAUGUUCUUGCUCAUGCUUCCACGACUCGAGUUUUGCUUCGAAAGGGUCGUGGCGAAGAACGUGUAGCAAAAAUACAGGAUUCGCCGGAUUGUCCUGAGCGCGAGGCGACAUAUGUUAUUACAAAUGGCGGUAUUAAUGACCCUGAUAAGGUAUAA